GUUAAACUUAAAAGGAAGGUUUCUCAUGAUCAUGCCUUUGAUUUAAUGUCUUUUGAAAUAAAAUAUACCCUUAGACAAUGAAAACUGCCCACACUGAAGCAACUCAGAUCCGAAUUUUGAAAAUGACUACUGUAUUUUCAAAGAGUUCUGUCCUCAAACAUUUUGUUUCGACUAAGGGCUCGCUUUCUUCAUAACGAUAUUGUGCUCGAAGCACAUGUGUCUGUAAACAUGGGUAAGCCAAAAAAGCAACGGAAGUCGUUCGACUAUCAAAGAGAUCGCAGACGAAGCUGGAAAAAAUCUAAGAAAUUACCGUCCAUUCAUUGCAAGCAGAUAAAGGAGGCAUGGGAUGCGAAGAAGUCAAUAUGUAAUAAUCUUCAUGAUAUGGGACUGUCAGCUGAUCCUAACUCCACCUUCAGAAUUCCAGGAGCAAAGGAGUUACUGUUAAGAAAAGAAACUUUAGAUCAACAAAGAGCAAAAGGAAAGAAGCAGAAGAAGUUACAUGUAGCAGAAGAGCUAGAAGCAGAAGCAGCCCUACCACAGGAACAACGACUAAAGCUCUCUGAGCCUGAUGCACAGUUUUGUGCUGCAAUGAUUGCUAAAUAUGGAGAUAACUUCAAGGCAAUGGCUCGAGAUGCAACUAACUACUAUCAAGAAACACCCAAACAGAUUGCACGCAAGAUUAGAAUUUACAUGAAAACAUCACAGAAACAGUCUAGUAUUUUACCUUAAAAAAAAUUUCUGAGCAGAAUGGAUUGUAUAAAAUAAAAGUUUAACGACUUAGGUAUGUGUUUUGAGAAAGUGUGAAAGAAUGUGCUUUAAUAAAUCUUCAUUGUUUAUAUUUAAAAAAA